UUUAUAUUAAUAGUGUUGAAGACCAUUCAAACAAGGCAGGAUUCGGAAAACCUAAUUAAUUCACGGCCACCACCGCAAAACUUGGUAAAUUGGAGGGCAAAUCAAACCUCAAUCGGGGAGGCGAAUCAAAGUAAGGAAAGAUGGGAGAAAGAAAGGUCCUGAACAAGUACUAUCCGCCGGAUUUCGAUCCGGCAAAGAUUCCACGGCGCCGCCAGCUAAAGAAUCAGCAGAUGAAAGUGCGGAUGAUGCUUCCGAUGAGCAUUCGAUGUAACACUUGUGGAAAUUAUAUAUACAAGGGAACCAAAUUCAACUCCAGAAAAGAAGACUGCGUCGGCGAGACAUACUUGGGAAUCCAAAUGUUCAGGUUCUACUUCAAGUGUACCAAGUGUUCUGCUGAGUUAACUAUAAAGACCGACCCACAAAAUUCAGAUUAUAUCGUUGAGUCGGGUGCAGCUCGUAAUUUCGAACCUUGGCGUAAAGAAGAUGAGGAACUGGACAAUGUAAAGAAAAAAAGGGACGCGGAAGAAGUAGGUGACGCAAUGAAAUCCUUAGAGAACCGAACGCUGGAUUCAAAAAGAGAGAUGGACAUUCUUGCAGCUCUUGAUGAAGUGAAGUCCAUGAAGUCCAGACAAGCCACUGUCAGUGUAGAUGCCAUGCUUGCUGUUUUGCAGAAAUCGAGAGAUGAAAAUGAGAGGAAGAUAGAAGAAGAAGAUGAAGCUCUCAUAAAGUCAAUAUUUCAUGGAAAAAGAGAGAUUUUUUAUAGGAUUGACGACGAUGCCCUUUUCGAUGAAGAUGAUGACGACGAUGAAGAUUCGCCACUUGUUAACGAAGAAACCAGCAGCCAUGAUUUUAAGAAGAGAAAAUUUGUUAGUGAUAAUCCAACAGAUCAAUUGACUAGCACCAACAACCCUGAUAAUACUGCAAGCAAAGGUCAGUUGAUUUUUUUUCUCGCUAGUUUCUAGUAGGUUUCAUGAACUGCUGAUUUGUUUUUUAAUAAACUUGAUAUUUUU